AUGUCCGGCUCGGUUGGUGGUGACGAUCCGUUGGAUAUCUCGGGCCAUGCAAGACGUUCGGGACAUCCAGAGCUUCCUCAGCCGUUGAUCACGACCACGGGUGUGUCGGGUGCUAUGACUGCGUCGACCCAGGAGCAUACACAGCCGCCACUUGCUUACCAUGAUCCGUCAGCUCCAAGAUGGCCGCCGUCGUUUGGUCCGCAAGGCGUUUCGCAGCCAGAAGUGUCGUAUCCGCCUCCUGUCAUCCCGACUACUACCUCGCCAGGAUCAGCGUCGAGAAAUCUGACCCAGAAACCGACCAGGCGUACAAAGGCUCAUGUGGCAUCUGCGUGUGUCAAUUGCAAAAAGAAGCACUUGGGUUGUGAUUCGGCACGGCCGUGCCGACGAUGCGUUCUGUCUGGCAAAUCCUCGACAUGCGUUGACGUUACGCACAAGAAACGAGGACGGCCGCCGCUCAAGGCAGAGGAGGCUUCUCUGAGACCGUAUAGCACGCGGUUCGACCAGUCUGCAUCAGGGGACCAGGCUUCGCAGACCAGGCGUACCCUACACAGAACCACUGGUUCUCGCGAGAUCCGACCCGUGACGGACCUGCAAAUGCCUGCACAUCCAGGAUCAAUGGGACUGCCGCCGCAGAGAUGGUCGACCUCGAUGUUCACUCCUCAAGCGGUUGAUCCUGCGUUGACAAUGCCCGGAAACCCGGGACACAGGAGGUUCUCUUCCGCGGGAUCGAUACAGCCGUUGGGAGCAGCAGCUCCUCCGCCACCGGGAUACGUCCCUAUGGCUGGACCCAUUAGUCCCGUUUUCGGAGGAAGCCGCAUGCCCCCAGUCAUGGGAAGACCGCCAUCGUCCUAUGCGAAUCAGCCCUUCCAACCGCAAACCACCUCCUCGCCGACAUACCAACCCGUCUACGGCGGCUCGCCGUACAUGAGUCGCCAGCCCAUGGGCGAAUCACCCCUCUCGCGAGACCCCCAAGAGUCCUACCUGGAGUCCCCAGUCAGACUCCCUCCGAUCUACCCCCCGAUGCCAAGCGCUGGCGCAAGCCCCCCAGCUCAGAGCCAGGGCCACCGACUGAGCGACCCCUUUCCAUCUAACUGGUCCCCACGCACCCGCGAGGAACUCCCUCCCCCAAUGGUCCAACACCACCCGAGCAUCAUGGACCCUGUCUCGCCUCACACGCAGACCCACCACUACCAUCCUGCUCCUACCGACUUCAACUUCCCUCAUCAGCAGGCUCUCCCGCGACCGCCAGAGUCCGUUACCCCCGCGCACCGGCACUCGGUCCACUUGCCUUCGUCCAGCACACAUGCACAAGCAAGGGAUGAGCCGCAGUCCGGGGCGGAGGGCGAAAGUGGCGAUGGAAGGCCCACCAAGCGUCGCAAGAUGGCCUUGGAUGAUAUGGUCAAUGAUUAA